UUUUUUUUUGAAAUUAUUUUCUGAAGGCCUUAUCAAGGAGUAGCAUUCGACAUGGGUACAGGAAAGAAGGAGGCGAACCGUAAGGUACGCCAGGGGAAGGUUGGAGAUGGCAUGGCCAAUGUCAGAACUAAGGGUGAAAACUUCUACAGAGAUGCGAAGAAGGUCAAGCAUCUGAACAUGUUCAAGGAUGGCAAGCCUCGACGUGACGCUGCUGGAAACAUCACCGUCGCCGCCUCGUACCAGUCACGAGAUGCACCCACGGCUCGGAUUGAACCCAACCGUAAAUGGUUCGGUAACACGAGAGUAAUUUCUCAGGAGGCCUUAACGUCCUUCCGCGAGGCAGUCGCUGAACGUGCCUCGGACCCGUACUCGGUUCUCCUCAAGACCAACAAGCUUCCUAUGAGCUUAAUCAGAGACAAUGUUCACACUGUGAAUGGACUGAAGCAGCAUGAAGCGAAGAUGGCCAUUGAGACCGCUCCUUUCAGUGAUACAUUCGGUCCUAAGGCUCAAAGAAAACGAGUCAAGCUGGGUGUUGCGUCUCUGGAAGACCUGGCUGGGGAGACAGUCAAGAUGCAUGACGCCUAUGUUGAAAAGACGGAUCAAGCCACUCACGAAGAUGGAACAAUCAUCGCUUCCGGCGAUGUGUCGACCGAGGACAAGACUUUCAGUGAAGCGCCCACUGCUCGAGAGUCCGUCUUCUCCAAAGGACAGAGCAAGCGAAUCUGGAACGAGCUGUACAAGGUCAUCGAUUCUUCAGACGUUGUCAUCCACGUGCUUGACGCUCGUGACCCCGAAGGCACACGUUGCCGGAGUGUUGAGAAGUAUAUUCGUGAGGAAGCUCCCCAUAAGCACUUGAUCUUUGUGCUUAACAAGUGUGAUCUUGUUCCCACGAACGUGGCAGCAUCUUGGGUACGGUAUCUCUCUAAGGACUACCCCACGUUAGCAUUCCACGCUUCGAUCAACAACUCCUUUGGUAAAGGUUCUUUGAUCCAGCUUCUGAGACAAUUCUCCUCUUUGCACUCGGAUCGGAAGCAGAUCUCUGUGGGAUUGAUUGGUUAUCCUAACACUGGGAAAUCAUCCAUCAUCAACACUUUGCGGAAAAAGAAAGUUUGCACCGUGGCUCCCAUCCCCGGAGAGACCAAGGUUUGGCAGUAUGUGACUUUGAUGAAGAGAAUCUAUCUCAUUGACUGCCCUGGCGUGGUUCCACCAAACCAAAACGACACGGAGCAAGAUAUUCUCCUUCGUGGCGUCGUCCGUGUCGAGAAUGUUCACAACCCUGAACAGUAUAUCCCUGCUGUCCUGGCAAAGGUUCAACCUAAACACCUUGAACGCACGUAUGGCAUCAAGAGCACUGGAGAUCCGAUCGAAUUCCUUAGCAUUCUCGCCCGCAAGGGCGGUAGACUCCUCCGUGGAGGCGAGCCUGAUUUGGAUGGUGUCGCUAAGAUGGUCAUCAAUGAUUUCCUUCGAGGCAAGAUACCGUGGUUCACCCCUCCUCCCAAGUCCGCCGGUGACGACAAUGCAAAGAUCGAAGGUCGCGAAGGUCGGCUUGGGGAGAUGCGUCGAAAGAGGAAGCUUGACGAGACAAACUCGGAGCCUGCGGGAACCACCGAGCAUGCCUCUAACAAAGAGGACGCCGAGUCCAAAGAUGAGGAAUUCGAAGGCUUCGAAAGCCACGAUGAUGAUGACUCAAUUGCGAAUCUGGAAAUCAGCGAUGAAGAAAGCGGGGAGGAGUGAACAGAAGCUCUCCUUCAACAAUUUCACUUCAUACGAGCUCAUGCUUGUACAGCUAUAUUGCCACAGGCUUCAUCGUUAGGCUUGUGGCUCCUCGCCGAUGGGCUGUUUAGACCAACGGCGCAUAGCCCGGCGGGCUUCUGAGUCACCUUCGGGUUGCGUUUCAGAGUCCGUGUUCGGCACGCAUCCCAUCAGGGUCCGAGUGUCUGAUGGAGUCGAGGCCUUUCGACGCGUGUACGCAGCCCAGUCGUGGAUUUACACGACAUGAAUCGGGCGUGACACUCGUCAACACUUCUUUCAGUUAGGCCAUCGUGACAACGCAAUGGUCACUGAAUAGAUGCUCAAUGCAUCGCGGUCCUAUAUUAUUGAUACCCACACCCUAUUUAAGAGGAAAUUAACAAAUCACAUGAGCUAUUUCCGUUUGCUG